CGCCGCCGCCGCCGCCGCCGCGCGAGGAGCCAGGAUGGUCCUGGUCCACGUCGGCUAUCUCGUGCUUCCAGUGUUUGGCUCUGUGCGAAACAGAGGUGCCCCCUUUCAAAGGUCUCAGCAUCCUCACGCUACCUCCUGCCGCCACUUCCACCUGGGCCCCCCGCAGCCGCAGCAGCUCACCCCGGACUUCCCGCUGGCCCACCCCGUGCAGUCGCAGCCGGGCCUCAGCGCCCACAUGGCCCCGGCCCACCAGCACAGCGGCGCGCUGCAUCAGUCGCUGACCCCGCUGCCUACCCUGCAGUUCCAGGACGUCACAGGUCCCUCCUUCCUACCUCAGGCCCUGCACCAGCAAUACCUCCUGCAGCAGCAGCUCCUGGAAGCUCAGCACCGCAGGCUCGUCUCGCAUCCCAGGCGGAGUCAGGAGCGAGUGUCUGUCCACCCCCAUCGCCUCCACCCCAGCUUUGACUUUGGCCACCAACUGCAGACACCUCAGCCCAGGUAUUUGGCUGAAGGCACUGACUGGGAUCUCAGUGUGGAUGCCGGCUUGAGUCCUGCGCAGUUCCAGGUGCGGCCCAUCCCUCAGCACUAUCAGCAUUACCUAGCAACUCCUCGAAUGCACCAUUUCCCCCGAAACUCCUCCUCCACACAGAUGGUCGUCCAUGAAAUCCGAAACUAUCCUUACCCUCAGCUUCAUUUCCUUGCUCUCCAGGGACUAAAUCCCAGCAGACACACCUCUGCUGUGCGGGAGAGCUAUGAGGAGUUGCUGCAGCUUGAGGACAGGCUGGGAAACGUGACUCGGGGAGCUGUGCAGAACACCAUUGAGAGAUUCACCUUCCCCCACAAGUACAAGAAGCGAAGACCCCAGGAUGGCAAGGGCAAGAAGGAUGAAGGGGAGGAGUCAGACACAGAUGAGAAAUGCACAAUUUGUCUGUCUAUGUUGGAAGAUGGAGAAGAUGUGAGACGUCUACCUUGUAUGCAUCUCUUCCAUCAACUGUGUGUGGACCAGUGGCUCGCCAUGAGCAAGAAAUGCCCCAUCUGCCGAGUGGACAUUGAGACACAACUGGGAGCCGACAGCUGAGGGAGGAGCUAGCCAGUGAACACCCCAUUUCCUUCACCAGGUCCCCCUCCCACGGCCCAUAGCCCUUGCAGCCAAACUUUGCCUUCUGAGCCAUUUGACGUAGAGAAGAAGCCUGCAAGCACAUUUUGUGGAAAGAGGAGUUGGUAUCAGUGUCUGAGGGAGAGGCGGGGUGGGGAGGACCCACCCAUCUGGAAUGGUGACUGCCUCAUCCACCUUGCUGUGCAGGAGGGAGGGAGCUGGCCGUGUCCAGAGCAGGGGGCAAGGAGGGGGGCCCAGCUGCUUGAGAACCAGAUGUGAUCUUGAGGGUACUAGCUGGUGACCAGCCCCUCAAUCCUGUCCCUUGAAGGAUUGUGUAUAUACCUCUUGACCACGUAGAAACCAUGUAGGGGUCUCUAGCUAUUUCUGUGGAUGGCAGCCAGAGCAUGUUAGCUUAAGAAAAAUGUCGUGUGUGGUGCUCUAGUCAUCUGUGGUGGACAUGUCGCUAUUACCGAACUUGCACCAAAUAUUUCUCAUUGAGUUUCUUGUUUGGUGCCUGACCAAACCAACCAACGACAGCCCCAAUCUUCCCAUCUUUAUGAGAGAAAAGGAAAAAAAAAAAAAAAAAAAGAAUCAAAGG